AUGACCGGACCCAAUGGCAAAGACGCUUUCUUCACACUCGAAGACGCGAAAACAUCCUUUAAUCUCUUCUGUUGCGUCUGCGGCAUCGGUUCGCUGGCGAUGCCUUCCAAUUACGCGCGUGCCGGUCCCGUGUUCGCCACCGUCGCUCUCUCGUUCAUGGUCUUCGCCAACACAUACGCGACGCUCAAACUGUCCAAAGUGAUGCUCGUGGCGCCAUCUUCGGUGCGGACGUACGGUGACCUGGGCGAGUGGGCUCUCGGCAGAUGGGGUCGUUUCUUCACGGUGGUCUCGCAGAUGGGGGUGUGUCUCUUGUGCCCCAUUUCGUUCCUCAUACUUGGCAGCACGAUGCUGGAAGUCCUGUUUCCAGACUCGUUCAGUCAGAUCUUCUGGAUCAUCUUCAUGGCUCUUAUGGUCACCCCCAUGUGUCUGAUCCCGACACUGAAAGAGAGCUCCGGCAUGGCCUUCGCCGGUUGUCUCGGCACGAUCAUCGCCGACAUCAUUGCAGUGUCCGUCCUGCAGUGGAACAUGCGCGGCCACGGCUCCGUCCCUUCUCCCGCCGUGUCGGUUCAUCAAGUCUUGAUGUAA